AUGGCUCAUCUACUGAUUCUUUGCUCAUGCGACAUUGCAACAGCUCUUGUUCUCAACAGAACCACUGCUGCCCUUCGUAAUAACGGUAUUUUCAACGGCAUUGCACACAAGAUAAAUACAACCGUUCAAAUUAAUAUUGAUAAUUCGGGUCAUCACUGUGGCAGUAAUGGCUAUUAUUGUUCCAGUCACGUUCGACGUUCUGCUCUCGUCGAGAAAGGAUCCGAUGCCGACAAUAAUGAUUAUAAUUUGACUCGCGAUAGUACUUUUAAACAGACUAAGGCUGCACUGCAAGGACUUGAUCGUUUGGAUAAGCAAAAUGGUAUAACAACUGUCAACUCUACUACUGAAACAACGACUACUUAUAACUUUCGUGCUGAUUACAAACGUAACUGUGAUGCACAGCUGUAA